AGGAAGGGAGGUGUAGGAGAUGGAGGGGGCAGAGGGCUGGUGGACAGAAAAGGGAGAAGAAGAGGUAGAAAGGCGCGAGGCUGGAGUGGAGGAGAGCGAACACAGCUGCACUUCUUGUAACUGCUGGGCCUCGGAAACCUAAUCAGCAGGCAGGAGGAGCCUGCAGCACUGCCCUCCCAGUGGAGGGUACUUCAGGAAUGCAGCCGCUCCCACCGCCUGUGCCAGGCCCUCUGGCUCUGCUGGAUACCACAGAGGGCUUUGCAAGGAGAAAGAAGAUCUCUCUGUGGUUCGUGGGCUCUCUGCUGCUGGUGUCCACUCUCAUCCUGACCAUUGGCCUCGCUGCUACCACCAGGACAGAGAAUGUGACUGUGGGCGGCUACUACCCAGGGAUUAUUCUGGGUUUUGGGUCCUUCCUGGGAAUCGUUGGCAUUCACCUGGUGGAGAAUAGAAGACAAAUGUUGGUGGCAGCCAUUGUGUUCCUCAGCUUUGGGGUGGUGGCGGCGUUCUGCUGUGCCAUAGUCGAUGGCGUGUUCGCAGCACGGCACAUUGAACUGAGGCCUCUCAGCGCAGGAAGAUGCCAGUUUUACUCCAGUGGAGCUGGGUACUUGUAUGAUGUCUAUCAGACAGAGGUCACAUGCUACUCAUUGAAUGGGAGGUGCCAGCUGAGGGUGAGGAGCAACACGUGCUACUGCUGUGAUCUGUAUGCCUGUGGGAGCACAGAGCCCUCGCCUGCCUACUAUGAAUUUGUGGGUGUGCGUAGCUGCCAGGAUGUGGUCCACCUGUAUCGGCUGCUCUGGGUAUCCACAGUGCUAAAUGUACUGGGCCUGUGCCUGGGCAUUAUCACAGCUGCAGUCCUCGGGGCCUUCAAGGACAUGGUCCCUCUGUCUCAGCUGGCCUAUGGCCCAUCGCCACCACCUCAGAUCCUCUACAACCCUGCACAGCAGAUCCUAGCCUACACUGGCCUGUGCCCUCCGUCUAUGACUGUGCCAACCUGUUCCUCCUACCCUCUGCCACUACAGCCCGCCAGUGCCCCGCCGGCCUCAGCCUCUGCUGACCUCUCUCUGCCUGAGGACGCAGAGUCUCCCUCCCAGUGCCACUCCAGCCGUGGGCAUGCCCAUGCACCUUCACCCUGCACUGCCUACUUCCUCCCAGGGGAGAAGCCUCCUCCCUACGCACCCUGACUCGGAGGACGUAGUAGACUGAAAAGUAACGCGGUUUGGGGUUCCCAGAAAUAAAACAAAAAUAAAUAAAGCCACAUAAGAAAUCCUG